AUGCCUCCAGACGGCCAAACAAGCACAGCGCCACCCACGAGUGCAUCUACAGACGGGCAAACGUCCACAGCAUCACCGACUGGCACGUCUACAGACAGCUCAACUACCACGUCACACACGAGCGCAUCUACAGACAGCCAAACAACCACAGUGUCACCUACGAGCACGCCUACAGAUGGGCAAAUGUCCACAGCAUCACCCACUGGCACGUCUACAGACAGCUCAACUACCACAUCACACACAAGCGCAUCUACAGAUGGCCAAAUGACCACAGCAUCACCCAUGGUCACGUCUACAGACAGCUCAACUACGACGUCACAGACGAGCGCGUCUACAGACAGCUCAACAUCCAUGUCACCCACAGGCACGUCUACAGACGGCCAAACGAGCACAAUGUCACCCACAGGCACGUCUACAGACGGCCAAACGAGCACAGCACCACCCACGGGCAUGUCUACAGACAGCUCAACUACCACAUCACCCACAGGCGCGUCUACAGACAGCCUAACAACCACGUCACCCACGGGCGUGUCUACAGACAGCUCAAUUACCACGUCACAUACGAGCGCGUCUACAGACAGCUCAACAUCCAUGUCACCCACAGGCACGUCUACAGAUGGCCAAAUGAGCACAGCGCCACCUACAAGCGCGUCUACAGACAGCUCAACCACCACGUCACCCACUGGCACGUCUACAGACGGCCAAACAAGCACAGCGCUACCCACGAGCGCGUCUACAGACAGCUCAACUACCACGUCACACACGAGCACAUCUACAGACAGCCAAACGACCACAAUGUCACCCACGCGCACGUCUACAGACGGGCAAACGACCACAGCGUCACCCACGGGCACGUCUACAAACAGCUCAAUUACCACGUCACACACAAGCGCGUCUACAGACAGCUCAACUACCACGUCACACACUGGCACGUCUACAGACAGCAGAGACAGCUCAACAAAGACCACUUCAUCUACCAGCACAUCUACAGAUAGCUCAACCACCAUGAUUUUACCCACAAGAACAUCUACACACAGCUUAAAAACUACGACUUUGACUCCAAGCACAGAUACAACCGCCUCGUCCACUCCUUCUGUAGUAGCUGCAGAAUUUAAAUUGUCUUUUAGCCUCAAUGAACCCUUUAAUUUAGCGUUGCUUAAUACCAACUCUUUAGAGUUUAACGAAAAAGCUACAAAUGUCCGUAAUCAGUUUAAUGCCAAUGACACCAUCCCAACUGAGUCCACAUUACAAGCCACGCUUGUUAAUGCGUCGACCACUGACUCAAAGUUGAACAUCAUUUCAAAUUCUAUAAACAUCAGUGAGGUUCCUGUAAACCCAACUUCCACUCAGAACAACAGCUCAACAACAACAACUUCAUCCCUGAGUACAGCUACAAGCACAACUUUAGUGCCUGAAAAUAUAGCUGCAGUUUUUGACUUGACCUUCAGCAUUGAUGAAGCUUUUAAUCCAGCCCUGGUCAAUAGCAACUCUCCACAGUUUGCAGCAAAAGCUAACAUUAUCCGCAGUCAGGUUGAACCGUUGUACUCUACAUCUUUUAAAAACUUCAUACGCAUGGGAAUUUUACAAUUCAGGAGUGGUUCUGUUGUGACAGACAGCAACCUUUACUUUAACUCUAGUGGCCCAAAGGUUACUGUAUCUGAUGUGAAAAAUGUUAUUCUUAAUGGAUUUAGCAGCUUGAAUUUCUCUGUUAUUCCAAGCUCCAUCAAUGUCAUUCAGUCUUUUGGUAAUUCCAUGCCACCCGUGAUUGCCAGCUCACUGUCCAUGAUCUGGAUGUCUCUUCUAUCACUUCUGCUUUCACUUGCAUUGCAUUUCUAGCUCCUCACUUGAACCAUUACAAUACUGAAUACAGUUAUUUAUAAGAUAAAAGGAAUAUGGGGAAAUUACUCAUUCUUAUUAACAAAGAUACCUUUAAAAAAAAGCCAUUAAACCAGAGAAUAAAUGAGGGUCCUUAUCAACAUUCUGUC